AUGGAGACCGACGCAACGAGCACGGUGCACGUGCAGCUUGUUGCACCGCGCUACGUCAAGUACGGUAACACGGCGAGCCUCUACUGCAACCACACGGUGCCCGAGAGCAACCUCCACAAGAUCGAGUUCGUCAAGGAUGACAAGAAGAUACUCCAGUAUAUAAAGGACCGGAACACGCAGUUUACGAUGCCGGUUAAGAUGACCGGCGCGGUGCUCGAGUACUCGCCUGAUGGCAAGACAAUCAAAUUGAAGGAUGUCACCUUUGAUGCAUCCGGAACAUACUCCUGCGAGGUGUCGAUGGCGACACCAAUCUACGCGAAGGCGUCCAACGACGUACAAAUGCAGGUCAUCGUAACACAGACUGAUAAUCCACAGAUUACGUUUAAGAAGGCAGUUUACGAGGUCGGGGAAUACCUAGAGGCGAACUGCACCUCGUCCCCGGCGCGACCAGUUCCUUACUUGACCUGGCUCAUUAACGGGAAGGAGGUGGACGUCACUCUAGUGACUGUCUAUCCACACAAGCAGCAUAACUAUGGCUUGAUGUCGUCCACGGCAAAGCUGAAGAUACAGGUGUCGGAGUUACAUGCUGGGGAGAAUGGUCAUUUGGAGAUAAGUUGCCAGUCAACGAUUCCGGAUUACCCGAUUACUCACAAGCAAUACGCUGAUUUUAGAUCGAGGACCGUGUCAGUGCAAAUAAUCCCAGCGGUACUUGACAUAUCGUCGCCGGCACGGAACGCUCGCCAGGGGUUCAUGCUGCCUACAAUAAUGUGUAUACUCUGUGGAGUGUACAGAAUCAUUCCUUUAUAA